AUGCCUGGCUGUCAUGUCCGGACACCACUGGUGCUGGUGCUCUGCAUGCUGGUGCUGUCCUGUGGGUCAGGAGGCGCCCGGCGGAUCAGGAAGAGAGGGCUUAACCAAAAGGACUAUGAGUAUCCGAACCAGCAGUCCCAGUCCACCCAGCACCAGAAGAACGACCGCUGCCCACCCCCACCUCAGAUGCUACCGGAGCGGGCCUGCGAGGUGCCCGGCUGCCGCUCUGACUCAGAGUGUGAGCGCCACAAACGCUGCUGUUACAACGGCUGCAUCUACGCCUGUCUGGAGUCAGUGCAGCCACCACCGGUGCUGGACUGGCUGGUUCAACCCAAGCCUCGGUGGCUGGGAGGGAAUGGCUGGCUUCUAGACGGUCCAGAGGAGGUACUGCAGGCGGAGGCAUGCAGCACCACAGAGGAUGGUGACGAGCCCCUUCACUGUCCCACGGGCUACGAGUGCCACAUCAUCAACCAAGGAAACCCUGCCGUUGGCAUCCCCAACAGGGGACAGUGCAUCAAGUCGCGUGGUAACUCUGAUGGACGUCCCAUGAGGCAAAGGUCCUACAAGGACUAUAAGGAUUACUUGGGUAGCAGCUCUAAUAAUGCUGUGGCCUAUGAGAAACACCACCACAAACAUCUGGGAUGA